UUCGAAAUUUAAUAUCAAGCAUAAAACAAAGGAGGUUUUCUUUGACAUUUCAAACAACUCCAACCUUUCUCAUUCACCCUAUUAAAACCUUAUCAACUUACAAAAUAUCUCUUCCUUAUCCACUUAAAACUCACCACAAUAAUGCCACUAUAAAUUAUGUAUAACCCUACCCCUCCAAAACACACAUCAAGUUUUCUAUUUAUCUACUCAAAUUUAAUUAUCUCAUCAAAAUGCAAGCAGCUUUGUAUUUUACACCAUCAUUUAUUCCCAUAAUGACACCACCUAAACCCUUAAUCUCAACUUUGAUGAAACCUAUUUCUUCUAAUCUCAAAACUAAUCACUCAACAUGUCCUCCCAUUAGGGCAACUCCAGCUGCAAAUGACACUUCCAGUACUGUUGAUUAUAGCUCUAUGACCUCAUCAGUGUUUCCAGCUGAAGCUUGUGAGACAAUAGGAGGUGAAGCUUGUGAUGUUGAAAUGUAUCCUGAAACCAAACCCAAAUCUGCAGAAAACACAACCAAAACACAAGUUUCAGAGAGUGUGGACAGAGAAUAUCUCGAAUACAACGAGCCUAAGACGUUAUUUUUGGACAUUUCGAUGGGUGUUAGUUCAUGGUUCGUUGGAUGGGCUCGGGGCUCGACGGCGAAUAUGGGCGAAAAACGAUAGGCGGCCAACAGGGAGGUACGUUAAUACUCAUCAGUUGAAUUAUGACAUGUCGAUGGACUCGACCUAGUUUGACCCAUUUAAAGUCAAUUUAAUUCGCUCGUGUACUACUUUUAGGUGUAACAAUGAAAAUAGUGUCAAUAUGCCCAUAUAAAUAGCAGUUUGGAAGACUCAUUUCAUUAUUAUAGCAAGUAUUUAGUGAUCGCAAAUAAAUAGUAAAUUUUGUGUCAUGAAAAAAAAUAACAUAAAAAUGUUCAGCGUUAAAUAAACUGAACAUGUAAGAUAAAUAUGACAAAUAUGGAUAUAAAAAUUUAAAAUAUAUAUAUUGAUAACUCAAAUUUAAUUUUAUUAAUGAUAAUCAGAUUCUUAUAUUCAAUUCGUUUAUUUACUACUUUUAGGUGCAAAAAUGAAAGUGGUGCCAAUAAGUUCAUAUAAAUAGUUUGGACGAUUCAUUCCAUUAUUGUAGCAAGUAUUUAUUGAUCGCAAAUGAAUAGUAAAUUUUGUGUUAGGAGAAAAAAUAAUGUAUAAAUAUUGAACUUCAAAUAAAUUGAACAUGCAAG